AUGAAUUCUUCAAAACUGCCAAUACGAACCUGGGAUCUCACCACCUCGGAAAGCACCUACAAAAUUUCCACCGACCCCAACCUCCUAGACCACGACUUCAUCAACAAAGCCUUCGCAUCAGAUCACAUGCCAUGGGCGCAACCAAUGUCUGCGGAAAUUCUCCAAACCCUCCUCGCCAACUCCUUGACUCUUGGCCUCUACCUCGAAAUUCCAAACAUCAAACCUCCAAACAUGUGGGGGCAGAUCGGUAUGGCUCGUUUGGUGACUGAUCACGUCACAGUCGUUUACCUCACAGACAUGUAUAUAGAUCCGGCGCAUCAGCGGAGAGGGCUAGGCCGGUGGAUGGUGAAGUGUAUACGUGAGCAGAUACGGGAGUUUCCUGUGUUUAGAACACUCCUGCUUUUGACGAGUAAUCCUAAAGCGCGGGAGAUGUAUGAGGAGGAAUUGAGUGUGAAGAAUGUUGUGGACAGAAAGGAUGGGGUAAUUUGUAUGACGAGGAGUAGUUAUGAAGAAUACAUGUAG